UCGGCAUAACACAUAGCAACUUCUAAUUCCCCGACGAAAUGGCACGGUUUGGUCUGGUUCUCGCCAUGGCUCUUUGCCUCACAAUCUCUGUGUUUCCGGACACAACCACUGCUCAGCUCAAACCCAAUUUCUACGGAAACUCAUGUCCAAAUGUUGAAGCUAUCGUGAAGAAAGUUGUCCAACAAAAAGUCAAAGAGACAUUCGUCACCAUCCCAGCUACUCUCCGUCUCUUCUUCCACGAUUGCUUCGUCAACGGAUGUGAUGCGUCGGUCAUGAUUCAAUCAACGCCUAACAACAAGGCCGAGAAGGAUCAUCCAGACAACGUGUCUUUGGCCGGAGAUGGAUUUGAUGUUGUGAUCAAAGCCAAGAAAGCUAUUGACGCAAUCCCAAGCUGCAGAAACAAAGUUUCUUGUGCUGAUAUCCUUGCCUUAGCCACCCGUGAUGUAAUUGUCGCGGCUAAAGGACCGUCUUACACAGUGGAACUCGGUAGGCGUGACGGUUUGGUAUCGACCGCUGCUAGCGUCAAUGGAAACUUGCCAGGACCAAAUGACAACGUUGACAAACUCAACAAGCUCUUUGCCAAAAACAAACUUACUCAGGAUGAUAUGAUUGCUCUUUCAGCGGCUCACACCCUUGGGUUCGCCCACUGUAGCAAAGUAGCCAACAGAAUCUACAACUUCAACCGCACACACCCUGUUGAUCCAACCAUAAACAAAGCCUACGUUAAAGAACUCCAAGCGGCUUGUCCCAAGAAAGUUGACCCAAGAAUCGCUAUUAACAUGGACCCAGUCACUCCAAGAACGUUCGACAACAUUUACUUCAAGAAUCUGCAACAAGGCAAAGGACUCUUCACUUCCGACCAAGUUCUCUUCACCGACCGUCGCUCUAGGCCCACCGUUGACGCUUGGGCCAAGAGCUCACCUGCUUUCAACGCCGCGUUUGUAAAAGCUAUGACCAAGCUUGGCCGUGUUGGCGUUAAGGUUGGACGCAACGGUAACAUCCGUCGUGACUGUGGAGCGUUUAACUAAAAAAAUUUAUAAAUCCGUUUUUGAGCUUGUUUUUGAGAUUUGA